UUUUUAGUCUGUGCAGGCCAACUGGACAUCACAGGGCACGAGGAGCCCCUGAUCAUCGGAGUAUCCUGGGACAUUGUUUGCUCGUGGAACGGAGAUGCUAAUGUUACGAAGAUGGAGUGGUUUCUUGUCGGGCUCGGAACAGGCGACGCAAUUGAGACAGUGAUGGGCGACAAUUCCAUUGUGCUCACCCUCAAUCCUGGCAAUAUGGGACUGGAUGGGACCGCGUACACCUGCCGAGCAACUCUGUCGGACGGGCAGAGGGCCGAAGAAAGCAUUAUUCUAAGUGUUAAAGCGCUCGAGAACAUAGCGAGCAUUGCAGCUAUAUCAAGCCUAGCCAUUGCUGGAGAGUCUUUCAUCCUUGUGUGCAAUGUGUCGUCUGAAAGAGAAGCCAACUUGAGUUGGGUCGAUCCAAACGGAGUGGAGAUGAGAGAUGAUCCGGACACUACCGUCUCCUACAGUGGCUGGAAUGGAGGAAUGAGUACACUCGUACUGACAAUUAACUCCAUUAGAACCUCAGAGAGCGGUGUGUACAAGUGCAUAUCGGACAUUGCGGUCCCUCCUUCAAAAAGUGAAGCUUCUUUUGUAGUCCAAGUUCAAAUACCUGAGCCGACAGUGACGAUACUGAGAGCUCCAGAACACUCUGUGCAGCUGUUUACCACUGACUCUCUGGUCCUGACAUGUGUAAUAGAACUCAUUCCAGAGGUGGAUUCCUACGUGGCAAUUAACUCUCAAUGGAGGGGUCACUCGUCACUCACUGAUAGUGAGAGGAGGGUCAUAGUGUCUGAACUGGUGGGAUUACACCUUAAGUACAAUACAUCUGUGACAUUUAACACACUGAAAACCACGGACAGUGGCUCCUAUACUUGUUCAGCCACUGUUGGCCCUCAGGAACGAAACAACCACCUGAUAUCAAGCAGUCGCACUGCAGAGACAAUCAGCAUUUCAGUUGCCCUGAAAGUAACCAUUGAUGUGACCUACAACCCUCCAUCUGAUUUCAAUCUGCCCAGUCCACCAUACUAUCGACCUGCCACAUCACUAACUCUCACCUGUCGUGCUCACCAUCCCACUGGAUCAGUCAGUUAUCAGUGGUCCUCGACUUGUAGCAGCUGUUUUGCAAGAAGCAGCUCAUCUCAAUCAAUCACCAAGACCACAUUGCAGUCGAUUGAUGCAGGAGUACACACGUGUACAGCAACCGAUGGCAGUGGAAAUACCGGAAGCAAUACAACGGAAAUGAGGAUGAUGGGACGUGGAUUAUGUAGAGCGAAGCUAUUACAUUUGGACAAGCAUUUGCAACAACAGCUCAUUUGAGGGGGACCUCGUCUUCAACUUAUAUCAUGUUUACUGCUACUCAAACUCCACUUCGGGGAAACUGAGAAUACUUCAAAUUUCCGAUGGAGUGAGGCAAUACUCUACCUCAAUUACAACAACUAGCAGAAUUGGACAACUCAGGUAACACUGGUGUUAGUAUUGCACGCUAUUCAAGCAGAUACACCCACAAAUGUGUCGGUAUAUUACCUGUGAGUGCCAGACAGUAGAGGUGUUACUGUUGAAACCAGCAUCGGAUAUAUCUCAAUGCCCAGUCCACCAUCUGUGUACAGCAUUAGUUACAGUGAGCGUCACCAGGCUAGUAGUGAUGGUGUACUAGGAACAGUCGAUUGUUUGACCCAGAACUCCCCACCUACUAAUGUGACGUGGACAAGAGACGGGUCAACUAUUGAGGUGGAUGGAGAGGGAUAUGAAAUGAUGCAAAUGGUGACAGAGCGUCAGUCGUAUUCCAGAUACAGAAACACUCUACUCAUCAAGGAUGCUGCCGAGCUUGCCGGGAACCAUAGGUUUUUGCUGCAGGGUCUCCAAUGCUGCCGGUACCACUUAUCAGUGUGUUGCCACAUCAUGGACAGCUCAGCCCGAUGUACAUUACUACAUCUGGGAAGAAUGUCCACUCUGAGACAUUUGAAGUCACCUGCAGAGCUAGCCUCCAGCCAGCGGUUGCUGCUCACCUCAACCACUAUAUGACAGUAGACUGGAUUGGAGCAGACGGACAAUCAUUAAUGAAGAACACGACGACAUCACUGUCAACGACCAGAGCACUGUCUCCAAUGUUGUCACAAGAUCCCUUGUCUUUGACCCUCUGAAGAUGGCCCAUGGAGGUAGCUAUGUGUGCAGGGCUAAACUGACGUUGCCUGGCUCAGCCGGUGUAUUCCAGAAUGUGGGCGAAUAUCAACUAAGCGUUUUGAACAUGACUUUUAUUCAACUAAAGUUUGGCCCAGUUCCCCAUUGCUCAAUGUGGUAUGAAGACAAGCAUAUGUCAAGACAUCUGGAGCUGGAUGUCAAGCAGACACUAACCAAUCUCAUCAACAAGAAUUGCAGUUGUGACUUCAAAAUCUCCGAGAUUGAUCUGGGAGAGUUCAGCUGUCGCUCCAUUGAAAAGGGCUACGUUCUGUACAGGGCAAGGCUAACUGGAAGGAGUGAUACUCAGAACAUACCUUCACUGCUGGAGGUGAUCAAGGACUGGAUGGCCAAUGACGGGACAUUCCUGUACACCUAUCAUGGGAACAUGAGACUGGGACUGGACCAAGACUGUCCUCUGGAGAUUGCCUCCUUCUCCCAGCCAGAGUGCGGGAAGCAAAUUACUGAAUAUGUAGGAACGCCAGGAGAACAAUAGACUGGUCGACUGUUAACAGUGCUACAUUAUACCCGUGUGCCAAGUUUUGCAGUACUAGCUAAUUGUUGUCCAGUUUUAGUAGCUGCACUGGGCAGAAUAGGUUGUUAUGAAUGUGUGUAGUGUGAGAAUUGCGUGGCUUGUCAUUAUCAACACAA